CCAAUUAUAUUCGUUUUAUGAGUUUAUGUAGCAGACCAAAGAGUGGCUGCAGACUGGCUCUUGUAUUUCACACAAAGUCGGCUCUUCGGAGCAGAGGCCAUAUCUCAUCAACGCUUUUUAAACUUUCAUCAUCGUAAACAACAAAAAAAGCUCUCGGACGCGGUCGGCCUUUUUACACCCUGUGCUUCCGUCCUCGAGCUCACCGCCGUCGCGAGAAGAACCACUCAGAAAGAUAUUCACUAGAAUGCAAGUUCCAGCCGAGGCCUCAGCGACAACCGGAUCCGCAGCCUCGACGGCUGCGAACGGCACCGAGCCGCUGCAACAGCAAUGGACGCCGGAACUCGCGAUUCCAAAAUCGAUCCUGUCCCUCCCGGCACCGCUGUCGUUCUUCAGGAUCCUCAGGUUUCUAAAGACCCAGCGCCGGACAGGCUGGCUUGAUAAGGGCAUUCAGCAUGGCAACGCGGAGUCUAUCAGCGAUCAUAUGUAUCGAAUGGCGGUUAUGUCUAUGCUUGCUCCGCCGGAGGAUAAUCUUGAUAGUCGAAAGUGUGCGAUGAUUGCUCUCGUGCACGAUCUGGCCGAGGCCGUAGUCGGAGAUCUGACUCCUUCCGACCCUGUCGGCGCUGACGAAAAACACCGACGCGAGCGUGAAACGAUGAACUACCUCGCCGACCUCAUCCGCCCACUAAACCCGGACGCAGCCUCGCAACUAUACACACUCUACCUCGAAUACGAAGAAAUGUCAACUCCCGAGGCCCGGUUCGUCAAAGAUCUCGACAAAUUCGAGUUUUUGCUGCAGACGGUCGAGUACGAAAUGGACGUGCUCGAGGGAAAGGAGGAUAAGAAGGUCGAGCUGGCGGAUUUUUUCAAAGCGAGGAGUAAGAUAAAGCAUCCAUUGGUGAAGCAGUGGCUAGGUCAGUUAGAGGACGAGCGCAAAAAUGUCGUGGGUCUGUGAUUGCGUUUUGUCGUUUUAUCUGGCCAUGGUCGAUUUUUGGAUCGUCUAUAGGAGCUUUUGUUCUUUCUUUGUCGCAUUUUUCUAAAUAGACACCCAUGCUAAUUAUCUAAUUUACACU